AUGGUUACCUUCUCAUCAUCAUCCGACCCGCUAUCUCCAUUGUUGCCGCAAGCGAAUUCGCCGUCCGCUGCCGUCGUUGAUGCCAUCACCACCACCGAUCCGCCACCGCCACCCUUGCCGGCGGUGAAGCACGAUGGACCCAAACCCAUAGAGUUUGCGAUAUUUGCUCUCGUCUUUUUACUUUUUUUUGGCGGUAUGUGGACUGUUAUGUCCAUUAACGCAUCCAAACCCUACUCCCCCAGCGCCGACGUCGUUUCGGCAUUCGUGUCUAUUAAGAACAACAUCAGUAAUAUUGGGCCCGCUGGUGUGGGCCGUUUACUGACAGCCAACUGGGCCGUCACUCUUCAUCUCGACGACUCCAUCUUCUGCUGUCGAGAGGCCCAUCUGUACCAAGUCGAGGCUUCCGUUUUUCACUCCGCCGAAAACCGGCAAUAUUUGCUCGCUUCGACUCGGCGGUUCUACGGCUCGACCGCCGAUCCGAAGACGGACGACGGCGCCGCACUCUCGAUUUAUCUGAGAGCUGAACAAGCGGACGUCGGAGAGCAUGUGGUGGCUGCCAUUUCUAGGGAAGUGGCGGCGGGUGGGGGAAAUCGGUUGCGGUUCAAGCUUGUGGCUCUCGCUUGGAUUAGUUGUGACCCAUUCUGGGUCGUAUCUCCCAGCAUCACAGCCAGGAAGUACUGGGAUACCAAGAAAUGUCAAGUUCAAGUGACCUCACAAAGAAAGCCAGCAUUUUUAGAUACAAGUUCGACAAGAUUCAAUCUGACGAACACAAAUUAG